CAUGACCAUGCAUCUUUCUACUUUCCAGAAGGCCUUCUCUGAUUACACAUAAUGCUGGGUAUUAUUUUGUUGACGCUCGUUGCCGGUGCCCUUGCUGCUCCCAUGACCACACCCUCCGGGCCUACGACAACACUUGAUCUGGUUGCGGUCAUCACUACUGCCUUUAACACCCUCGACGCGGACAAAAACGGACAGGUGGAUCUUGCAGAGUUUUACAAAGCCUUUGACAAAUUCGACACGAAUGAUGACCAUGAGAUGUCACUCCAAGAGUAUGUGACCAACACAAACGUCUCUCAGUCCGUUGCCCAGUUAGUCUUCAAGUUCUUUGACAAGGACCAUGACGGCAGCGUCGACCGAGCAGAGACGAACGAUGUUUACAAGCUCUACGACACCAACAAGAACGGUGUCAUAACUAUUCAAGAAUUCAUCAGGGAAUAUACGAGGAUUUACGACGCCAUAAUAGUAGGGCUGUUUUCAACUACAGCACCAGGAGCAGCGACAACGUUUGAUCUGGCUGCUGUUAUCACUGCUACCUUUAACAUCAUCGACGCGGACAGUAACGGGCAGGUGGAUAGAAAAGAGUUUUACGCGGCCUUUGACAGACUCGACACGAAUGGUGACCAAAAGAUGACACUCCAAGAGUAUAUGGCCAACACAAACGUCUCUCAGUCCGUUGCUCAGUUAGUCUUCAAGUUCAUGGACAAGAACAGUGACGGCAGCGUCGACCGAUCAGAGAUGACCGAUGUCUUCAAUCUCUUCGACACCAACAAGGACGGUGAAAUUAGUAAGCAAGAAUUCGUCAGGGAAUAUACCAAGAUUUACAACAACGUAGCAGCAGGCCUGUAUCCAACUACAGCUGCUACCAUGGCAACCAAGUCCUGAAUCCUGCAGUGUACAGCUGGGCUCAUACUUCAGGGUACUACAGCAUCCUGUGCGGAAUAAACACUUCUACUGGUA